AUGCUCAAUUUAUCUUGGGCUAAUGAGAUGGCGAAAGCAGCUCUCAAAAAUGCUCAACAAAAGAUUGAUAGUGUGCUCGAUAUAAAAGCUGAAGAAAAUGAUCAAACCAAAAUAAAUUAUGCCGUUGAUGACUCAGCAUCCUCGCAUGUACUGAACGAUGGUCCUAAACCCGAAACAGACGAUUUCUCAUCCCAGGAGCUCACUGCAAGCACAUCACAAAUAGAUCCGAGCAAUGAAACUGAUGCAGAUAGUGAAAUAUUUUCUGAUUAUUUAUCGAUGGGUUUCGGAAAAACACCUGUUUUGGAAGAUGACAAAAACUGUGAUGUCAAUGAAAUGCAAGAUAUGGAAUCACAACAAACAAUUAGCAGUGAACCUGUUCUUCCACCCACCAUUUCUCGUCAGUCCUCAGUGUUAGAUGAAGCUUCAACAGUGGUAUCAAGCGACAUUGAAGUUGUUCGACAAAUGGAUACAUGGUCGAUAGGGAGCAGUAGAGCAUGUGAAAGUCAGAGCGAUCAAAAUUUAUACAGAAAUGAUGCCAUUUCAUCUCUGCAAACGCAAUUGAAAAUCAAUAAGCAUCGAGAGAUUGAGCAAACUGGACUAAUAGAACAGUUGACUUCUAAUAAUAAUAUUUUAACAACAGAGAGUGAGCAGUUGAAAGAGAGAUUAUCAAAGCUAUUGCAUGAACUACAGGUAGAGAGAAAUGAGAGAGAAGAUAUAGUAAAAGAAGCUAAACGUAGUUUGGAUUAUUCAACAAAGCAGUCAAAGGAAAUCAGAAGAUUGAAAAACGAAUUGGGAGAAGUUACAAAAAUGAGAAAUGAUUUGAAACGUUUGAAAGAUGAUAAAAUGGAAUUAAAUGAACAAAUAGAAGAAUUAAAAGAGCAGAUAAUCACUAUCAAUAGUUUAAUGAAAGAAAAGAAUAAUGAAGUUAGUCAGUUGAAAUCAGAGUUGGAGAAAAACCAUACUGUGAUUGAAACAAUGGAAUGUGAAAAAGAUAGUACAAAGAAGAACGUUUUAGAACAGUUUGGAGCAGAAAAGGAAGAACUUCUACAAAGUAUCGAACAUUAUAAAAAUACAGCUAUUGCUGCAUCACUAGAAAAAGAGAGAACGUUAGAAAUGAAAGAUGCUGUGUUGUUAGAGUUACGAGAUGCUAGAGAGGAAAUCAAACGACUACUUUCUCAGAUUAAUCAGGAUGAUCAAAAAAAUGUGAUUGAAAUAUUGGAUACAAAUGCUAUAGCUGAUGCCAUUUCAAUGGCCAAUGCUCCACUGUUAGAAGAAAUUUCUGAGUUACAAUGUCAAAUUUCGCAUGAAAGGAAAAGUUUAUCUGAGGCGGAGAAGGUUAUCAGGAAUUAUUCAGCACAAGUAGAUAGUUUAAUGAAGAAUCAAAAGCUUCUGAGUGAAAAGUCAAUAGAAGAUAGGCAGUUACAACAGAGCCAACUUGAUAAGUCAGACGAGCAGAAAAGAAUUCUUUCGCAGGAGAACGCUAAUUUGAGCGUUGAGUUAAAAGAUCUUCGGGACGUUGUGGAAACAAUGCGAGAAGAAAUGAAGAAGGCAAAAGUGGAAUUUAACCUUAAAAUGGAACGAUUUGUGCGGAAAAAUACGGAAACAACGGAUGCUUUAGUUGAAGAACGGGAUAAUCUUCGUAUUGAACUGCAAAAUCUUAAAAACGCGGAUACUUCCUCUAUUUCAAUGAUCAAAAAUGACAAUGAGAAUGUUAAUUUUGAGAAACAACAUUUAUAUGAUAGAGGACAGAUGGAUAUCCUCAGACACGAAAAUCAAAAGCUCCGAAUCGAUCUCAAGGAGAUAACUAAAAAAUAUGAUCAAUUGCUAGAAAUAGAUGGGGAGAAGCUCGAAAGGAUAGAAGAGCUCCAACAAGAUGUUAUAGAUUUGAGGAAAUUAAUAAAACAACAGUUACUAGAUUUUGCUAGUAGAAAUGAUGAGCACGAUAACAAAAUGAACUAA